AAUGGAUAAAUCAUAAAUAGGAGGAAAGCACGCGUUUUAUACACGAGAGCCUGAUUAUAAUAUCAGAAAAAGGAACAUGAGAAUAUCCACAAUACGAAGGAAGUCAAACCCGAGAAGGUGAAGAAAGAAAGGAUAAUCAGAGGAAUCGAGAAAGUAGAUUGAACAGAAAAACAGUCAGGGACGGUCUGAUAGACGGCAAGAUGGGGCUGUGCUUUGGUUGCUUCGGCGGAGGCGACAAGCGAAUGACCAAAGAAGAGGAGAGAUUGGCCUCUGAAGAAGCUCGCGCUAACGCCGCCGCAGCCGCCCAGAGAAGGCAAGAACAAUUUGAUAAUUCAGCGGCAGGACGAGCUGCACGUGCACAGCAACAGGCAAUGGCAAAGCAAUCUGCAAACACCAACAAAGGCGAGCCAGUUCUAAAGUGGCAGAUGGGUUGAGGUUCAGGAAUUGUCUGUCACAAUGUCAAAUUCCUUGUAAGGUGAGUACUACUCAUAGGUCCAGUCAUAUUCUCCAUGCAGCCGGAUUCCCUUCUUCCAAAGCUGAACAAACGGUCUUUAACGUAACUGCAUCAUCCAUCAAAUCUUUGUUGUGUGAGUCCAAGAAAUACUCUGAUUGUGAUGAAUUCAUGGUGUAAAGGAAACGAGGGUUAGCUUUCAGGAUAUAGUCAGACAUUUUCUAUCUUUGUUGAUAAAACAGGAACUGGACCACUCUGUUUACUGACUGUAAAUUCGGUUGGUUUGUAUUUAAAUUAAAUCGUUGUCGGGAACUGGAUUCCUUUUGAAGUAUAUUGAUGUUAACUCAUCUCUUUUAGCGUGAGCA